UUGGGGACUCGUUAACGGAACAGGGUUACUUCUCCGGCUGGGCCUCGCGCCUUAGCGAGCGUUACGUGCGCCGCGCAGAUGUGGUGAAUCGCGGGCUAAGCGGCUACAACACACGCUGGAUACUGGAUAUACUGAAUGAUGACGAGAGGCGUCAGCAUCUUCUUCCCCCAUACAUCAACAAGCCGCUAUUUGUGACUCUAAUGCUUGGGUCCAAUGAUUGCGCUGGCUUGCCUCAACACGUGCCACUGGAGGAGUACAGGGUGAAUCUGAAGGCAAUUAUUGGCCUUGUGCGCAAGCACGCGGCCCCUGUUGGCGGCAUAUUUCUCAUGUCACCCCCACCCUUUGAUGAUGAUGGACGGCAGCAGUGGCUGAGGAGUCAGGGCCGCGACCCUGACUCUUGUAAGCGCAGGUUUGAAGCCAUGCGGCACUACCGUGAUGUCGUUCUGCAGGUUGGGGCCGAAGAGAGCGCGGAACACGGGGAUGUGUUUACGGUUGACCUGUACCUUGCCUUCCUGGGCGAGUGCGCCGGUACAGUGCCGUACACAAAGGGUCCGUGGUGUGAGAACUUUUUUGACGGCCUUCACUUCAACGUGGACGGUGGACGGAUUAUUUUUGAGGCGUUGUGGGGUGCCAUUGCGAAGUCUGCGAGAGCCGACAAAAUUCUGCCGGAUGGUCUUCCGUACGUUCUGCCGCCAUGGGAGGCGUUGACGAAUAACAGCUUGUGA